AUGGAUGAUGCUGCAGUGGUCUGUAAGCAGCUGGGCUGUGGGUCUGCUCUUGAAGCUCCUCAGUACGGAUACUUUGGGCCCGGAUCUGGCCCCAUUUGGAUGGCUGCUGUUCAGUGUCGUGGCACCGAGUCUGCUCUGUCCGACUGCUCAGAUGAUAAACGGUAUCUACAGAACUGUGAUCACGCUGUGGAUGCUGGAGUGAGAUGUGCAGGAUUUGUCCGGCUGGUCGGAGGGGACAGCACCUGCUCAGGACGAGUGGAGAUCCGUGAUGGGAACCAGUGGAAAACUAUCUGUGACUCAGACUUUGGUCCCCAAGCUGCUGCCGUGGUCUGCGGGGAGCUGCAGUGCGGCGCACCCCUGCCUGUCCCUGGGGCAUCUCCCUUUGGAGAAGGGGAUGGUCCCAUCUGGGGCAGAGAGCUGCAGUGUGUGGGGAGUGAAGCCUCUCUCGCCUCCUGCCCCAUGGGAUCCCCCCGGGACCAGCCUUGCACCCACGCUAACGCUGCCGGCGUCACCUGCACACGGUACUCGGAGUUCAGGCUGGUGAACGGCAGCACACCUUGUGACGGGAGGGUGGAGGUCCAGGUGCUGGGGACCUGGGGCACCCUCUGUGCCUCCCACUGGGACCCCCCGGACGCCCACGUUCUCUGUCGUCACCUCGGCUGCGGGUUUGCUGAGUCCGUUCCCAGGGGAGGGCAUUUUGGGAGAGGCACCGGCCCCGUCUGGAGAGACUCGUUCCACUGCGAUGGGACUGAAGCCCACCUGGGACUGUGCCCAGUGACGGCCCUGGGGGCCUCUCCGUGCGCCCAGGAGAACAACGCUGCUGUCAUUUGCUCAGGUCCAGCCAACGCCACGUCCCUGCGGCUGGUGGGUGGGGAGAGCCGGUGCGACGGGCGAGUGGAGAUCUUCCAGGGCGGGACGUGGGGCAGAGUCCUGGAUGACCAGUGGGACCUGGCGGAGGCCCGCGUGGUGUGCCGGCAGCUGCGGUGCGGAGGGGCAGAGACGGCCUACAACCCCCCGAAGCCUCAGAGAGGGACGGGUCCCGUGGGGCUGCGAGGGGUCCGGUGCGCGGGGCACGAGGCCGGGCUGACCCUCUGCAACGCCUCCGUGCCUGAGAACGCCCUGGCGGCAGGGAUCGCAGAGGACGUGGGGGUCACUUGUGAGGGGAGCCGGCAGGUCCGGCUGGUGAACGGCUCCGGGCGCUGCGCCGGGAGAGUGGAGAUCUACCGCCAGGGCAGCUGGGGGACCAUCUGCGAUGACGGCUGGGGCCUGCCUGACGCCGCCGUCGUUUGCCGCCAGCUGGGCUGCGGACGGGCGCUGGAGGCGGCCGUCGCUGCUCGUUUCGGCAAAGGCUCCGGUCGCAUCUGGCUGGACGGUGUGAACUGCUCCGGGGCCGAAGGUGCUCUCUGGGACUGCCCGGCACAGCCCUGGGGGCAGCACGACUGCGCGCACAAGGAGGAUGCAGGAGUCGUCUGCUCAGAGUUCACGUCCCUGAGGCUGGAGCGCGGCAACGACUGCUCCGGGUACCUGCAAGUCUAUUAUAACGGGACGUGGGGGAGCGUUUGCUCCAACUCGAUGACUCUCCGAACGGCGUCGCUGGCGUGCAAGGAGCUGGGCUGUGGGGACGAAGGGACGCUGGAUACACAACUGCCCUCCGGCAAGCUGUCUGGCACCGCCUGGCUGGAUCGUGUGCAGUGUGGGGAGAAAAACAGCUCCUUCUGGCAGUGCCCCUCCGCUCCCUGGAACCCGGAGUCCUGCGAUACCCUGCAGGAGAAGACCCACAUCACCUGCAAUGGUAAUUGUGAGCUACCUGGGCAGCAGCGCUCCCCCAGCUCCUGCUCCCUGCUGGGCAGCGUCAAAGGCAGAGACAGCCCACGGGGGCUUCUCCUUUCUGUGCCAGAGCCUGCUGCUUCUGGGGACACAAACGGGCCCCAGGCGUGCCCCAGCGGUUGCCAGCUGGGCUCUCGGCAGCUCCCAAGGGAGGCAGAGGUGUCUCCAGGCAAGGUCUCAGAGGAGACCAGCCACGGCUCCGAGCAGCAGCCCUGCCAUGGACACCCUCCUGCUGCUCUGUGA